AUGGCUGCUAGAUCCGCUGCCCUCAAGCUCGACUGGGCCAAGGUGACGACGUCGCUGGGCCUGCGUGGCCAGACGGUGGCCUCGCUGCAGGCGUUCAAGAAGCGCAACGACGACGUGCGGCGCAAGGUGCAGGCGCUGUCGGAGCAGCCGACGACGGUGGACUUUGCGCACUACCGCAGCAUCCUCAAGAACACGGCGGUGGUGGACGAGAUCGAGAAGCGGUUCGCGGCCUUCAAGCCGGCGUCGUACGAUGUGAGCCGGCAGCUCAAGGCCAUUGAGGCCUUUGAGGUCGAGGCUGUGCGCAACGCCGAGGCCACCAAGGAGACGGUGGACCUGGAGAUCAAGGACCUGGAGAAGACGCUCAAGAACAUUGACGAGGCCCGGCCGUUUGAGGACCUGACGGUGGACGAGGUGGCCGCGGCCGAGUCGUCGAUUGACGAGAAGACGUCCAAGCUCGUGUCCAAGGGCCGCUGGUCCGUUCCGGGCUACAAGGAGAAGUUUGGCGACCUGGCUCUGGUAUAA